AUGGUCGACCUCAACACGGUCUGCUGCAUGUGUGGCGACGUUGGCUUCCCCGACAAACUCUUCCGAUGUGCCCGAUGCUUCUCUCGGUUCCAGCACUCGUACUUCCUCUCUCCCUUCCCCCACCGCCCCUCCUCUCUCUCUCUCUCUCUCUCUCUCUGUCUAUCUCUCAAUCCAUGGUCCUUACAACGCUUCUACUCGUUCUCUGGUUAUUCAUGCCGCUCCUCGCACUGAAUCUUCAGGUAUUGUAGCAACUACUACGAGGACACCUCGGAGGCGGUCGGGUUCUGCGACUGGUGCCGCAGUGAUGAACGCAAGUCCUCAAGGAAGCAGAAAGGAGCCCAAACCAAGAAGUCCUCGGUAGGGAAGGAUCAGGCUGCGCUGACGGGCUACCAGGCAGACCACCCAGGCGACGAGAAGGCCAAGCAGGAUGGAGGAAGCUACCGGGAGGAUGGCGGCAGUGCCCGUGGCAAGAGCACCAGCGGGGCGGGGCCGUCAACUCGGCCGUCGGGACGCCGGUAUAAGCUACUGAAGGAUGUGUUGUGCUGA